AAUACAGUUGAAAUGCCAAUGAACGUAAUUCAUCGUCCAUUACCAAGUGAACUUGACGAAGAAAAAGUAGUUUCUUUAAUGGAAACUCUUAAAAAAGGUCAAGAUGUCCCACCUGUUGAUGUGGUUUGGGUUACUGGACGUGAUGCAAAUAAUAACUACUAUUUCUCAUUUGGAGGAUGUCAUAGAUGGGAAGCUCAUAAACGUCUUAAUUUACCAACUAUAAAAGCAAGGAUCGUUAAAUCGACACCCAACGAAGUUAAAGUUUAUUUAGGUUCUUCAACACCCGAUUUU